CUCGACAAUAAUGGCGCUUGGCCUUGUCUUUUUUGUGAUUGGAAUAAUGGAAUAAAUACUAGGUAGGUAUACUCCCUCGGUUACAACUGGCCAACGACAUACUUCAUCCUCACAACCGCAUUUCAUCGACAAAUCCUUCGCCUGAACCCUUGGUCUCUCAUGGAGGUCCCAACUGCAUCGUCAUCCUACACUGAAGAUCCGCCGGGCUCUGGGCUCUACCAAAGACCUCUCACAGAUGGCGAACGCGGCAUGAUUUUUGGGAUUGAGCAACCAAGCAUUCGCGAACUCAUCCGAAUUCACACAUUCGCCGACUUUCGCUCCUCUCAACCCACUGAGAAGGUCAUACCUGCAGUCCGUAACGCGUGGAAGGCUCUACGCUUGCUCAAGUCUCCAGAUAUCGCCACCACAUUCGGCGACGGCUUUAAACGGUAUCGGCCAUGUAUGGGGUUGGAGCUGGACCAGUGGUUGGAACAGACGUUUUUGGUUGCGGAACCAAAGAGUACCACGGAAGAUGUGGUCAGGGAAAUGCAAAGCAAUCGAGACUAUCUUCCUGUGUUGUAUCUAGUGCCGCAAUCAAAUGCAGGUGAAGCUUUCUGCGGCUCGCUUAUCCUGUUCAUCAGCCACUGGAGGACCGAGGCCGCAGGAACGUUCAAGAUGCUCGAUCAAAUAUUUGACUACACGGACGACUUGCUUCACGGGACAGUGACAAGCCAAGCUCUGAACAGUCAUACUCUUGGAAGCGAGGUCCAUCUCCUCACGCCUAGCCUCGAAGAUAUUCUUAUGCCCGACAAGGAAUCCACGGAUGCAUCAAAAACGCGAGUGCGACAGCACUUUGAUAACUUUAAUGCUCAUCUACCACAGCUUGACUUUCCUGUACAAGGAGACGUGGGCAAUCCUCCUUCAAGCACCAAGCUUUCGCGGCGGAGAUACACGACAGCCUCGACUAGUGGACUCGUUGGAGAGUGUAGAUCACAUUCAAUCUCCUUGACUGCGGCAAUCCACUCAGCAUAUCUGUCUGCAGUUUGGUCGAUUGCCAGUCCCGAUAGCCGGCAGAAGAACUAUGCCAGCUUGAUGCCAGCACAAGUGCGCACGAGGCUGCCCAAGUCAUCCCCUUAUCGAUCUCAAGGUUGCUGGUCGGCGGCACAGUUCCUCAUGCUGACGGCUCGAGUUGGGCAAGAUUAUAUGUCACGGGCGAAGAGUCUCAAGUCUCAAUACACUCUAGCAGACCAACAAACCUGGCUCUUUGAAGAUACACGUGAGACAAGUGCUCAAAUGCUAAAUCAUCUAGCUAGCAUGCACGCCGCGCCAGCCAGUAUGCCGUGGAUCACAAGCCAUGGAGUUCUGGACCGGGAGAUUCUCAUGGCGCGCCAUGGUGACCUACAGGUCGACGAUGUUUUCGUCUUUGCUGAUCCUUUGGGGCCUGGCGUAGUCUUUGGCCUGUGGUCCUUCAAGGGGAUGUUGAAUCUCGAGAUUCACUGGAAUAAAAGCUUUCAUAGUGAUCAAGUGAUAGAAAGUGUGCUGGAUGGGAUUGAACAAGUGAUAGACCAGGAGCUCGGGAUCCAGCUGGAGCUCGACGAGAAGUUCCUCCUUGAGUUCUGAUUGGGCCAUCAUGGAUUCUUUGCAUCGGUUGGCACGUCUGCAGCUGAUGUAGGCUUUUAUAUAGGACGACAUAUUCUGCAAUGGAACCAUAU